UGAGGGGUCGUGGGCACUUGGCUCGCAGAGGCACGCCGCCUUUGGGCCCGGCCGCUACUGCUGGCUUCAAACGCAGACCCGGAGCUCGAGGACGCAGGUGUCCAGUUUCCUUUGACCUUGAGGACCCGGGAAGGUUCUAUGCGCCAUGGCUAUGACUAGUGUCAGAUUGCCUGCCAGCGUUUUGAGAAAGCCAGAUGCCUGGAUUGGACUCUGGGGAGCACUACAAGGGACACCUUCGUACAAACUCUGUGCUUCCUGGAAUCGAUACUUAUAUUUUUCUAGUACCAAGUUAAACACAUCAAAUUGUAAAACAUUUUUCCAUAAUGUUUUCUCACGGAGACUCCCCAGGCUUUUCAUAUCCCCAGAAUAUAUUUUCCCAUUUUCCAUAAGACUCAAAAGUAAUAUCGGCUCUAAAAAAUCCACUGAAAAGACUCUGCAGAAAGCCGCAGCUGAAGAGGACUCUGAUGAGGAGAGCCACGGUGAGAUGAGUGAGCGGGAGGAGGAGCUGGAGGACGACCCUAGUGUGGUCAGAGACUAUAAAGACCUGGAGAAAGUAGUGCAGUCUUUUCGGUACGAUGUUAUCCUAAAGACAGGCCUAGAUGUUGGAAGAAACAAAGUGGAAGAUGCGUUCUACAAAGGCGAACUCAGGCUGAAUGGGGAAAAAUUAUGGAAGAAAAGCAGAACGAAAGGACUGGCUGUUGCAGAGAAUAAAGGACACCUCCCUUACCAUGACCUGCUGCAUGGGGCUGUGCCUGGCUGCUGGCCUUGAAGGGUCAGGCAGUUUUCUGAUGCUGCAUCUAUAAAGCUGGCUGCCUGUAGCUGAGCAAACCUUUUCUGUUAGCUGCAAACCAGGUGGGGCCCAGAGUACUGGAGGUGCUGCUGGGUCCCUGUUGACUUAAACAAAGGGUGUUUAGAGCCGGACUAUGGUGAUUAAAGCCUUCCUAAACUCAUUCUCUCCCUGAGAAAUAUUCCUUCCCUUUUCUCUGCCUUAGAAGUAAGCUACCAAAGGGAUCUGCUGCUCAGCCACACACGAGCCUGCUCUUUUAAGGGACAGACAUUACGCACAGUAUAUCUGUGAAGGGGUACACAAUAAGGGUUGUCUUUUUCUCUGUGUAUCCUUUUAUACUUUGUAUAUUUUGUGUCACGUGCAUAUGUUACUAAAAAGUGAAUUUUAAUGAAAUAAAGUUAUGCUGAAAAAUGUAAAGCAGAGUUCUCAAGCCUUGUAUUUCUGGACGUUGAUUUUAAAUGUCCAUACAGUUGGGCCAAAUGGUCUUUUUUUUUUUUUUUUUUAAUUUUUUAAUUUUUUUUUUUUAUUUUGAGAGCACAUGCGAGCAGGGGAGGGGCAGAGAGAGGGAGAGACAGAAUCCAGAGCAGGCUCCACACUGCCAGCACAGAGCCCGACGUGGGGUUUGAUCCCACAAACUGCAAGAUCCUGACCUGAGUGGAAAUCAAGAGUCGGACGCCCAACCGACUGAGCCACCCAAGCGCCCCAGUGGUUAUUUAUUUAUUUUUAAGUUUUUUAGACUUAUUUUGAGAUAGAGCACAAGCAGAUAAGAGGCACAGAGAAAGACAGAAUCCCAAGCAGGCUCCAUGCCGUCAGCACAGAGUCCAAUGCAGGGCUCAAACCCACAAACUGUGAGAUCAUGACCUGAGCAGAGAUCAAGAAUCUGAUGCUUAACCGACUGAGCCACCCAGGCGCCCCAGUGGUCAUUUAUUUUCAAUUAAACGCAUAAGAACUACAGGAGGACAGAUCCCCUAGAUGAUGCCUGUGUCAGCCCAACCUUCAAGCCCAGAGGAGAAGCAGUCUUCAUGCCUACUUGUGGUGUGAGCCCUUCUGCUUCCCAGCCCAGAGAGGAGAAUGUUAAGGUUUAUCAUCAGUUCCUGUGUGAGUUCCCAUCUAGCUGCUCUAAGCUGUCUGGGUUGACCAGUAUGGCAUUGUGGCUAACAGGUGUGUGGUCCCAUGUUUUGGACUGAAUAUUGGGCCCUUGAAUGGGUGGGAGAACAAACAUGAGCUUGCCCUGGUGAGGUACACAUGUUUGACAGCCUGAUGUUAUGACUGCUGCCUCAGAGAGCAUUAACUGAGAAUAAAGUAAAAGUGGCACCAUACUUCUUAAAUAGAAAACCUCCAGUCAGCUUUUAAACAGCCAUGUGUUCUCCAGCUCACCUGGCUCUAAAUAAAUAAAUGGCCGUGCGUACCCACUUAGAGUCCAUGGCCCACACAUGGGGUUGCUUCCUGCCUCCUUGGAAGCAGUGGUGAGAGGUCGGAGAUGGCCCCAGUCAUCCCUGGCUUAUGUUACAGUAGAAGCAGCAUCUGGCACCUGGGUCACUUUAGCUCCUUCUGAGUCACUGGGCAGAUCCCCUGGAAUCCUGGGCUGCCAGGACCAGGUAUCCACCGUAGGCUGUCCCCGGCAACACUGAUAGGACUGCCCUAGGACGUGGCCCUGAAGUACUCAACCCAAGGCUCCCAUCUGGGCAAGAAUGGGUUUGACCUCAGCCUUUUUAACCUACUGAGCCUGCAUCCAACCCUACCCUCUUUUCUGUGGCAUUCUGUCUUGGUGAAUUGAGUCCUAUCUUCUUGAUGAUGUGGCAUCACUAGGGCUAAUCAGUGUUAGGCCUUUUCUCUACCAUUUCUCUAAGGGAUACGCUGACUGUUCCACAGUGACUAAUUUUCAACAAACUGCCCCGUCCCCAAUUACGUAGCUCAUCUGGGUUGAAAUCAGUGAAAAGUUACACUGGAAAUGGUUGUCUCAGUGCUGGUAGUAAUUACUAUGCACAUAUUCUCUAAGAUUGUGCCCCACUCUCUUUGUUUCUUGUCAUUGUUACCAAAACAAAUGCCUCCAUGUGUUUCCUUCAGUCGUCUAGUAGAGGUAUUUGAGCCACACCACCCGGGCUGCCCACAGGAAGCCAUCCAAGUCUGAAGGAAGGACGUGGACAGGAUCGGGCACGUGUGUCUGGGGCAUCCUGUGAGUGAGGCCCUUUCACCCGGAGGCACUAGGGAUGAGGGAAAGCCUCAGAGGAAUAACUGCCUUUCCUCACCUGCCCCUCUAGGGAGUGGUCACCUGGUGAAACUCAAACCAAGCAUGUUUGUGGGGUGCCUGGUUGGGGGAGCUUCCGACUCUUGAUCCCAGGGUCAUGAGUUCAAGCCACACAUUGGGUGUAGAGACUACUAAAAAAAUAAAAAAUAAAAGGACAUUUGCAUUGGCCUGUGUUUCCCAAAAUGCAGUAAAGGCUGAGUUUUCUUUUAAU